AUGCACAUGCAAUUCCAGUUGCCGGGCAGAAGACGCAGGCACAGGACAACAUGGAUCGAAUGGGUCCUCGUUCACAAGAGUGCUCGGUCGGGUGGAGAGCUGAAAGCUGUGAUGGAAGACUCAGAUCGAAAGCGACAUUGCUGGCAAUGUCGUCGAAGCUGUGUAGUCUGCGACUUUACACAACCAGGAUGUCAGAGGUGUUCUGCAGCUGGCGUCUCAUGCCCUGGAUACAGCGAUAUUGAACCCAGAAAACUGAAGUGGCUCGCACCUGGAAAAGUUCUAUCCCGAAAUCACAAAGCGAACAAAGCUCACCUGGUUAGAAAAUCAACCACGAUCGCGACCGCUUCAGCGCAAGCUGUUGAGCCAAAGAUAUCAGAUUGGAACAUGCGAUACAACGCAUGCAUCUUAGAAGAUCUGACCCCAAUACACGAACUUGGGAGACAUCCUUACAUACACCAUGUCUCUCCUGAGCGCCUGAAGGAGGCCAUAUUAGUCCCGGAGUUUCUAAGAUCUGGCCUUAUCUGUAUGACCCUGAACCACCGAAUGAACAGACUUGGCAUAAGGUCCAAUCCGGGAGCAACCGAUUUAGUUGAAAAAUAUUACAUACACUGGGGCAUCACGAUUCGUUCACUUAGUGAGCAGUUCAACGUGGAAAACAAGCGCACGAGUGAUGUUGUCAUUGCGGGCAUCCUGACCAUCUUACUCGGUGAUAUUCAGAACGGCGCUCAAGUCUCGUGGCUUCAUCACCUUGAUGGAAUUCACAAGCUUGUCAGCUUGCGUGGCGGGUUCCGUGCAUUGGCCCCAUCACAACGCCUGGCCCCGUUGUUGAAUUGUCUCUGGUUCAUUGGAAUUAUCACAAAUACGACAUGUCCGGCGUCUUACCUCAACUUGUCAACAAUUUCGCAUUUCGAAGCCUCGGACUUUAUGCAAGAACACUACAGCUUUGCAUCAACACCAACGCAGAUGUUUCCACCCCAGUUGUUAGCUGAAGUUUCCAAGAUCAAUUAUCUUCGCCUACAAGCUAAGAGCAAGAAGGAAUAUAGGGAUGAACAUCUCUCCAAGGACGCUUACAACAUACUGGAGAGUAUUGAAGCAUUCUCUCCGGAAGAGUCAGCACAAUCCAAGUUCUCGUCAAAAGAAGAUUGGAUGCGCAUUGGUACUGUGUACAGAUCUGCAACGGCCCUUUACUGCAUUCUCUCACUACAGAGCGUAUCGGUGUUACCCGAAGAUUCGGCGCUGAGGACAAGAUGCGUUAUCCAUGGUCAGGUUCUGCUGCGUCACCUUCCAGAAAGUCUGUCAUCUGCAAGAACUAAGAGGUUCAUGCUCUGGCCACUGGUGCUGCUCGGUGUGGAGGCGGUUCACAGUGACAUGGCGACUCGUGCCUUCGUCUCAAAGCAACUGCCAGAGCUGAGUCGUUCUGUCGGCACAUCCAUACCCCUAACAGCCCAGAGUGUGCUUGAGUCAUUCUGGGCAUCUGGUCUCAAGCUUUGGGAUGCCUGUUUUGACAGGCCAUAUCCUUUCACGAUGCAGAUUGCCGUGGACGUUAGCCAAGUAUCAACACCGUGA